AUGAGAACCUCAUUGUCCAAUCAAUAUGAGCAAGAGGUACGACCAUGCAUUGAUCUCAUUGACUCGCUGAGAGGAUUUGGUGUGGAUAAAGAUCUGGGGCUUCCAGCCAUUGCAGUGAUUGGUGACCAGAGCUCUGGGAAGAGCUCAGUCUUGGAGGCACUCUCAGGAGUGUCACUUCCCAGAGGGAGUGGAAUUGUAACAAGAUGCCCACUGGAACUGAAGCUAAAAAAUGUCAAAGCAGCGAAUGUUUGGAAGGGGAAAAUCAGCUACAAGGAUUAUUCAAACAAACUCAGCAGUACAACUCAGGUGGAAGAAGAAAUUCUCAAAGCCCAGAACAGAAUUGCAGGGCAAGGAGUGGGAAUCAGCCAUGAAUUAAUCAGUCUUGAAAUUGAAUCCACCAAUGUCCCUGAUCUGACUUUGAUAGACUUGCCAGGAAUCGCCCGAGUAGCAGUUGGUGGCCAGCCACAUGAUAUUGGAGACCAGAUUAAGAGACUCAUUAAAUCAUUCAUUCGGAAUCAAGAGACAAUUAAUCUUGUAGUUGUGCCAUGUAAUGUCGACAUAGCAACCACGGAAGCACUGAAAAUGGCUCGGGAAGUGGAUCCUUCCGGGGACAGAACUCUGGGCAUUUUAACUAAACCUGACCUGGUUGAUAAAGGAACAGAGGUGAAUGUGGUUGAAAUUGUGAAGAACAUGGUGGUGGAGCUGAGUAAGGGUUACAUGGUCGUUAAGUGCCGAGGCCAGAGAGAUAUCAAUGACAAGAUAACAAUGGAAGAUGCAAUCAUGAAGGAAAAGGCAUUUUUUGAAGACCAUGAACAAUUUAGGCAGCUUCUAGAAGAAGGAAAGGCCGGCAUCCCAAAUUUGGCUGUGCGGCUGACAAAGGAACUUGUUAACCACAUUAAAAAAUCGUUGCCUCAGUUGCGAAUUGAAGUUGAAAAUAAACUGAACCAAUCAUUGCAAUCCCUAAAGGAGUACAGCUGUGCAGUCCCCACUUCUUACAGUGAGAAAAUGACAUUUAUAAUCGAGAAAAUCAACAAUUUCUGUAGCCAUGCAAAAAAUGUGACUUCGGGGGAGGAGCCACAUGACAAGACAAAAGGUGAGAGGUUCAUCACCAGAGUACGGAAGGAGUUCGAGGAAUGGAAUUCAUUCCUGAAAGAUAGUGUAUCAAACUUCCAAGAGUACGUCCAUGAGGAAGUUCUCCAGUAUGAAGACCUUUACCGUGGAAGAGAGCUGCCUGGGUUUGUCAACUACAAAACCUUUGAAUCUCUUAUAAAGAAUGAGAUUGCCCAACUGGAAGAACCAGCUAUUGAAAAAAUGAAGACCAUUACAGAAAUCACAAGGGAAGCUUUUAUGGAUAUUGCUGAGCAACAUUUCAGUGCCUUCUGCAACCUUUUCAAAGCUACCAAGGUCAAAAUUGCAACUCUCAGCUGUGAGCAAGAACGUGAAGCAGAGAAGCUGCUGCAAGCCCAGUUUAAGAUUGAGAGUGUGGUGUACUCUCAGGACUCUCUCUACAAUCACACUCUUAGUAAAUUGAAAGGCAAUAAAUCAAACUUAGGCAAUAAAUCAAACUUAUUUGGAAAUGCCAGCAUCCAAGAAAUGUCAUAUCAUUUACAAGCAUAUUACAAGAUUGCCUCUAAACGACUAGCUGACCAGAUUCCCAUGGUCAUAUGUUGCUACAUUUUAAAUGAAAUUGUUGAUAAGCUGCGGAUAGAGAUGUUACAGCUCCUCCAAGACAGGGAUCGCAUCAAUGAAUACCUAAUAGAAGAUCAUGACACACAGAGAAAGAGAGAAACCCUUAAAUGCAGAAUAGACCGACUGAGAAAAGCCCAGAAGAUAUUGCUUGAAUUUGGUUAA